UUUGGCCGGGCGUGCAGGUAAUUUAAAGGAGCCUUAGCCUCGAAGUUCCAUUACAGAGCAACUGGGAUUGGCAAUUGUUCUAGCCUUUUGAGUAGUUCAUCACAUAGCUCGCUAUGGCCACCGAAGACGUUUCUCUCGACCUUUCAACGCUUCUUUCUUCAGAAGGGAGGGACUUUCUCAUCCGAAACAAUGGUGAUCAGGUUCCGGUCAGCAAUUUGGUUGGGAAGAUCGUGGGAGUCUAUUUCUCUGGUUCGUGGUGCGGGCCGUGCCGUAAUUUCACUCCGUUGUUGGUAGAAGUCUAUGAACAGCUAUCAUCCAAAGGGGACUUUGAGGUGGUCUUCAUUUCUUCUGACAGAGACGAUGAAUCUUUCAACACAUACUUCUCCGAAAUGCCAUGGCUUGCUAUUCCCUUCUCCGAUACGGAGACCCGCAAACGUCUUAAGGAAGUGUUCAAAGUAAGAGGGAUCCCUAAUCUCGUCAUUUUUGAUACGAAUGGCAAGGUUUCCUGCGAUAGUGGAGUCAGCACGGUCAAGGAACAUGGCGUGGAUGGGUAUCCGUUCAACCUUGAUAGACUGAAUUUCCUGAAAGAGCAAGAAGAGAACGCUAAGAAGAAUCAAACCAUAAGCUCUAUAUUGGUUUCCAGCUCACGUGAUUACGUGAUUUCAAAUGAUGGAAAAAAAGAUCCCUGUGUUGGACCUUGAAGGAAAAUUGGUUGGCUUGUAUUUUUCAGCCCAUGCUCGUAGGAUGUGCCGUGAGUUCAAUCCUAAACUA